AUGCCAGACCGCUUGGAGCGGCCAGGAGGGUCUCGCCGGCGGCCCGGCAGCCGCUGCUUGGAGUCUCCCGCGCCGCCGGCCAGAAUCGCGCCACCGCCGCCGGCCGGAAUCGCGCCACCACAGCCGGGAUUCGCCCCUCCCCGCCGCCUGGAGUCGCCUUCGCUGCCGCCCAUCGCCAGCAACAAGGUGGAUUUAGUGACGGGAAUGGAAAGAGGAGAGUACCUCAUCUUUCGUCUCACAUGGGCCAUCCAUAUCAGAGGUGAUGGAAAAGUAAUAGAUUUGGGACAGAUUGCUAAGAUGAUUCCACAGAGAAUUGGUCUAGCCGUGUGCUUCAGUGAAAAGAUGCAGCUUAUGCUUCUCAACUCAUUCCCUUUUAUUCACCCAGUUGAACUUUUGAGCAGUUCAUCGGGGUUCGGCAGGAGGAGCGCCGGUGCAGGGAUGAACGAGGAGGCUGAGCCGUCUGGCUCUUUCGCGCCCGUACUUAUCUUAUUGGUAUUAAUUUUUUGGGGAACCGGCGGAAGGGGAGAGCGCGGGAAGAGGGGCGGGGCGGCAGCAGCGGCCUCCUCUUCUAGCUCAACCGCAACCCCGAGCGUGGCGGUGGCAUCCUGUGCGGCGACGACGACCUCUUGUGUGGUGCCUUCUCAUUGGCCCGGCGGCCAGGUGCAGCAGCUUGAGUUAUGCCGGUUUCCUCGACCUGUCGACAGUGUGGAUGACGAGGUCAUGGCCCGGUCUUAUCUGCUGCGUCCCUUUCAUCCUCUUUCAUCUUGUCUGGUUGAAGAAGUGCACGACUUCAAUACCUUCUCUAAAGAAGAACUUCAGGAGCUGCGAAAAUAUAUCCUGAAAAUCGACCUCUCCGUGGACACCUGGAAACCAAUUUGUGAUCCAUCAGUUCUGAGAUGUAUGAGCUGGAACUAUUUUUGUCUCUUUGAUCAGUUCUAACUUCUGAUCGGCUGUAUUCAUCCAAGGUUUCAGCCUCCAUCUCCUCUACUGUUCCAGAUCUCCCUGCAUUGCUACUUUUACAGGUUGUUACCAUGAUGCAAUCCAGAUUCCUGCCAAGAUCAUAUUGGAUGCUAUGUUAACCCAGGUAAA